GCUCAUUCCGCACUCAUCCAUACAUCGUCGUCGUGGUGCUGUUCUGUACUCUGAUCUGUUGCUCACAUGAUCGAACCGGAAUGAUCCGAUCAGGUUCGACCGAUCUGGACAAACGUGCGUUUCGUCGUCUUUAUUUUUCUCGGACAUCUGUUCCCCGUCCACGAGUGAUUACCACCCUUGUGAUCCCCACCAGUCGGUGCCUUGGUAAAUGAUGGACGAGCGAUCCAGUUUAAUCUGUCAGAGUGACGGGAAAGAAACUCUACCGUCUGGGAUUUCUGCGGAAGCAAGCCUUGUGUUGACGGAAGGUCGAACGAUAUUUGAUUCGCACACGAAGGACCUGAUUGAAACAGCACACAAAAUGGUGUCACCAGCGGCUUCCAAGGAUGAAACGAAAACCCCGCAAUCACUGACUCCGUGCACCCCGGAUAGAUUAUCUUCGCCUCCUUCGAUGCUACAAACAACACUAAAUUCAGAUGCCUCCGUUUGUCCACCUGUGAACAUGACCCCACCUGGAACAAGCUGUCAUUCGGGCCCAGCCUCACGUCCGGUGUCUCCAGCUUGUACACAACUCAGUUCUUCCCCAAACUUGUCAUCCAGCCAUCCUGUUGCAUCUGCAGCGGUAACCGCAUCUGUCAGGCGUCCCAGACAUAAACCUGGAGAGCGGCGUGAACUCCUUACUCGUGCGGUUCAGGAUGUACUCAAUCAGCAUAUUUCUAUGCGACGAGCAGCCCAAAAGUAUAAUUUGGCCAAGUCUUCACUGUGUGACUUUGUUCGCAAAAAUAAAAUCUCACUGCCGAAUCUACGAAUCAGAGCUCGGACAGCUGGUCCAGAGCCUAAUAUUACGCAACCUGAUACACGGGUGAUGACUUCAGGAACAAAGCGGUUGCCUCCUGAUGGCGAUGAUACGUCAUCCUCUUCCAUGAUUCCAAACAAACUCGCUUGCGGACUGGGCCGAAAGUCAUCUGGCUUAUCGCUUGCGGAGUCCACCCAGUAUGGUAUCGCUCCUUACGGUAAUUCGGAUAAUUUUGAUAGCACCCAUUCACAGAAUAUCGGUCACACCGGAUUCAUAGACGGAACACACACAAAUAACAAUUCAGUGGAUUCUUGGGCCCAUGAAGAAACAUCAGAGUUAGCCACUGUGGCAGACGGGCUUUAUGCGCAAACUCGACCACCAUCCUACUCCGCCGUCACUUCCGUUUCUGGUCGUAGUUCAGCUGCACUAUCAUUCUCUAAGCCAUCUCGUCUUGAAAGUCCCUGGCACAAUUCGGCUGGCCUGCCGACACAAGUCCCAAUGCGCUCUUGGAGUGCACACAAUAACAGCACACAAGCUGCAAAUGGUUCAGUACCUGGUAGCGCAUCCACCGCGCUCGAACGUCGACUGCAGUUCAAUUCACUCAGUCAGCUACGCCAGACCAUCGAGGCUCAGAAUCUGAUCACGGAACACAACAUUCGUGCACUAGCUGAAGGGGGAGAUUUCACUCAGCUUUCCGCAGCCACUGCGUCAGCCACCCCGCUACCGGCAAAGAUCAAUUCAAUUCGAAAGUCUGCGAACGGAUGCGAUGAAGCACCUUCACACGCGGCUGAAAACGAUUUGUUGCAAACGUGCCAACGGAUGAAGCCAGUCGGCGCUCAGUCCUCGUCUGAUGUGGACUGCAAUCCGAUAAAAAACUGUCUACGUCAUGCCGAAGUCUUGAAUGGAUCUCACGACCCAACAGAUUGUUGCGCUACGGAUUUGAGUGAACACCGUCAGGCUCCCAACAUGGCCACAGUGAAUCUGUCUUCCGCUUCCAGUGCUGCUGACCACUCUGAAAAUUUAAGUAAUACUGGCGAACGAAGCAGCACCAAUACUCCCACGGAAAUGGGAUCACAAAAUUUCACUGCUAGUUUCAACAUUCCAGCUGGUGUUGCGAGCCAACGUAGUGAGGGAAAUCCGUUCACACGCUCACGUGACCCUCGACUCCCGUUUUCCGCAUACGAGACAUCACUAAUUGGUCCAGCAACUUCGGAGGCACAGCAACCCCCCAACCACCCAAUUGCAGCCACAAUAGCACAGUCCAUUUUCAGCUCUUCGAAUUCGACGAACACACCUUACCCUGCCCUUGCCUCCAUUCUCUCGGCAGACUUCGCUUCUGCCAAUCAAAAUGCACUAGCUGCUUUUCUGUUUCAGCAGUCUCGUUCAUUAUCCUCGUCAGGCUCCGUAGCUACACCCAAUUUGCCUAAUCUUAUUGGAUGCCCUAACCAGCUAUCUUUCCCUGCAGCUGUAUCGGUCAACCCUCCUACCCAGUUACUGACCUCAGAUUUCGCCCUGUCUACUCCGGCCGGUCUCCUAUCAUCUUCCAUAGCAAACCCACGACUUAGUGCCACACGUCUUUCUUCCGGAAAUCCUUCGAUUUCCGCAUCCGCACAACCCUUCCAGUCAGCUGUGAGCAAUAACUUCCCAGUGGCCGAUUUGUCCUUGCAGCCUAACCUUGAGGACCUACAACAGUUUUUCUAUCGGCAACUUCAGCCAAGGCUUUUCAACGAUCUCAACGCUUCCCCUCAGACGGUAACAGCUUUGGCGACCCAGCUGCUUCUUCCUCAACCCAACCAAACACAAAAUCAGCCCUUUCGCAACCUCCUGACCAGUUUGCUUGGAUCCUUGAAUUCCAAAAUUCAAACUGCCACAUUCUCUGGUCCUAAUACACUUACGUCGUUGACUCAGGCCUCUGCAUCCACUGUCCCGAUCAACACUGUCACGGAAACAAACUCCAGUCAACCGAACGCAGCACCGCAGGAACCACUCAACAAACAACCUAUCCUGAGCGGCCUCAAUCCACCAUCUACGCAAGACAUGAGCAACAUCAGUUCCCACGCGCGUGGUCUUGUGGAUUUCAUCAACAAAUCACCCUCACCGUUUCAUGCUGUACACUCGGCUUGUGAACUUCUAUUGAACUCCGGGUUUCGUGAGUUGAAGGAAGGAGAUACGUGGCGCUUGAAACCCAGUGACUGCGUUUUUAUCAAGAAAAACGGGUCUACACUCAUAGCAGCUGCGAUUGGCGGUAAAUUCAAGCCAGGAAACGGUUUUCAUCUGCUCGGUGCACACACAGAUAGUCCAUGUCUUCGUUUGAAGCCCAUAUCGGAACGCAUCAAAGAGGGUUAUGUCCAGCUGGGCGUGGAGACAUACGGUGGUGGCCUUUGGUACACCUGGUUUGACCGUGAGCUCAAAAUAGCUGGCCGUGCGGUGACAACUGGCGCUGGCGGACGCUUACAAGAACAUCUGAUUCACAUCGAUCGUCCGAUUGCAUGUGUACCCAGCUUGGCUAUUCAUCUCAACCAGGAUAUAAAGACAAGCGGUUUCAAUCCGAACACUGAACAACACGUAGUUCCUAUUUUGUGCACGGAAUUGAUGGACCAAGUGAACUCAAGCAACGACUUGGUUGCACCCACAUCGAGUGCUCCGAAUUCGAUGUUUGGUUUUUGCGGUCGUCGUCGUCAUUCUACCGGUCUGUUGCAACUAGUGUCCGAACAAACAGGGACUACAGACAACAUGGAUACGUGGGAAUUAGAGCUCUGCUUGGCCGAUUUCCAACCUGCUCGUAUUGGUGGUUUGCAUAAUGAGUUCAUCCAUGCACCGAGAUUGGAUAACUUAUUCAACUCCUAUGCCGGGCUACACGGAAUGGUCGAUUCUCUAAGCAGCCUAGCAGAUGAAUCUUCAAUCCGCGUUGUUUGCCUAUUCGAUCACGAGGAAAUCGGCUCUGUUUCUACCCAAGGAGCUAACUCGCAACAUACAAUGAACAUUUUGCGGCGUAUGGCCAAUACACUUGCUGAGGACAAAUACACCCUGAGUACGGGCUCCGGAGAAAACCCGGUCGCAGUGUCCGCCACCCAUUUCGAAGAAUCGCUAAGCAAGUCUUUUCUUCUCUCAGCGGAUCAAGCUCAUGCUCUGCACCCAUCAUAUCAUGAUCGCCAUGAACCGAAUCACCGACCACUCUUUCACCGUGGGAUCGUACUGAAGUGCAACUCAAACCAGAGGUAUGCGACCAAUUCCUUGACUGCUGCAGCCGUUCGCCAGUUGGCGCGUCUUGCGGAUGUUCCGGUCCAGGAGUUCGUAGUCCGGCAAGAUAUGCACUGUGGUAGCACGAUUGGGCCAUUGCUAUCGUCACAACUGGGAAUCGCAACAGCCGACGUCGGUUUUCCACAGCUUGCAAUGCAUUCCUGCCGCGAGCUGUGUUGCACAACGAGCAUCAGUCAAGCCGUGCGGUUUUAUACAGCGUUCUAUGAGCACCUUUCCAAAAUUUGGCCUCCUAUUUGAGCCGGUUGUUUCUAGCAUUUCAGCUGCACUCAGAGCUGCCAACACGGUCCCCAUGGCUCUCCAAAACACACCGAAACUUACAGGUCCCCAAAGUUUUGCUCACCUCCUUCCAACUUAUCCGUAUCUAUGCCCUCUUCGCCCCCCUCUCUUUCAAAAAAUUCACUUACUAGGUUUCUGCUGACGUUGGUGAUGAUCAAACUACCACUAGUCGUCCUUGAGCAGCUGUUUGUGUGACAACUUUUACAGGAUUUUUUUAUACACAAUGACAUUGCUGUUUGUUGUGUCGUAGUCCAAUUUUUUAACCAGACUUCACGUGCCUAUUCCCAUUGUGGGUCGUGAACAAGACGUGUCCGCCAUAUUGCCAAAGUCUUUCCGACUCUUCUUCUUCAUUUCUAAUGAGCAAGCUUUCCUUCUCUUUCACUUCCUUGAGUUCCAUAAUCAGCUCUCUAUUUGUUCCUUUCUGCCCCGUUCACCUCAUCCAUUUCAUUACUUUCCCCGAAUAUUACCUCACACUUCUGUCGGUAUGCUUUUUUCAAUGUCGUAUUUUUCUCGCCAAGAAAUAGAAAACCAUUUGUUGACCAAUUAUUCCUCACCCAAACCAACACGCACAUAGACAAUAUCUAUCUGAGAUCAGUCCGAUUAAUUUUGUUCCCGGUCUCUCUACCUAUUAACUGAUAGUUCCUCUUUCUUUCUCACCGACUUCCAGUGGACGCGGACUAGGGACAUUUUGUAUGGACAUGCUAAAGUUUUCCGUCUCCUAGCCUAACCAAUUGUCACCGAACGAAAGACAUUUAGUCUACUAGUCGGACCUGUUGACCCGCUUGUUGUUAGUGACUUGUCUGUUGCUCUUCCGCUAUCCCUAACCUCUGGUGGCCACACUGGCCUAUCAGUGACGUCAACCGUUCAGUUGUUUAAGAGCUUCUGCACCUUGUCUUUCUCCCUUUCACAGUGGAUUGGAGUUAGUUGAGGUACAGUAAUACCAACUGUUUUUAAUCAGGAUGCGGUUUUAUUUCGGAGGCGUUUUUUGUAGAAAACCCACCCCUGGUUAUUCGAAGAUAUCACAAUUUAAUUUCUGCAAGCCGAACUUCCCUAUUCGCUUACUAUGUACACUUUUCACCCGAGAAUGUACCAGCACUUUGCCACAGACCUUCCUCUGUGCGUGUGAACUAGAUCAGUGUGCUGAAAUGAGGCGCGAAUGGGUUAUUUGCUUCUCAGGGUCAUGUGUGAGAUGACAAUACCAGGCGAAGUGUACUUCUUCGCCAGACGUAUCAC